CUCCAAGAGGAGGAAGAAGGCGGCGGUAUAAAGUCGCGCUCCUCUCAAGGCACACACAUCAGGCCAUUUGAAUGCGACACAAGCUUCCCUUCCCUUGACCUUCUGUAGUGGUGGAUUCAAUUCGUGGCACCGGAUCCUAUUUGAGCAUCGAUUCCUAUCUGAAGCCCAGGGUGCGCUCUUUCUCCAGUGGUGAGGGUUCGGUUGGAGGUCUGACACCUCAUCUCAGGGUGCGGUUUCCACCCACCAAUGGAGAAGGCCCUCGCUCUCAGCUAGUCCCUCAUCAAUCCUGCUCGGGAGGUAGCUGCCCCUCCGGUGCCCCGGCGACCGGCGUGCGGCGAGCCGGCGACCCAAGCUGCACGAGAACCAGUCGACUGUCUUCUGUGUGACAAACAGGUCAUGUCUUGCGCUACGGAGCUCGUCCAUGGCGAGGGCAGUGCGAUCAAGGUGGGCACAACAGGCACCAUCGGCUCACUUAUGACAAGAGAACUGGACGCCAUCAAGGUCGAGCCACAAGCAACUGCCACCCCGCGUCUGAGGCGCCAAGGCUGCCCGGUCUCAGUGUGGUGCGGAGCCACUCCCCGGAAGGUCGUCCCGAGGAAGAGCUCAUCUGACAUCUCCAGCAGCAGCAACGGCAACAGAACUGACCGUGUGAGCGCCGAAGAGGCCUGCAAGUCGAGGAGGGCCUCGCGGAGAAACACAUUCAGCUCCCCGAUGCUGCGCUCCGAUUGUCCCCUCGUCGACCGGAGCCCAAACACUGGUAAGACAAAGAAGGGGAGUGUGCACGGCGUCGAGGUGGUGGACGUCAAGUGUGGUAACCCGAUGAGCAGCCGGCUCAGGAAGCUCGGCUUCUCCAAGCUGUCGGAGACGUUUGCCUAGCUUUGGUGAAGUUCGGGAAGGACCAUCGCCAUUCGCCAACAUCUGAAUUGAAGGGCCAUUUCCCUCAGGACAUCGUAGGCUUUAGAGAGCAUUGCUAUGUGCCAGAUUUAGUGCAACCAGCAAGCAUCCACCUCACCACCUGACACCAUCCAUUCCAUCCUUGUACGUUGCCAAUGCAGUUUGCAUCUAGUAGCCACUUUUUCCUAGCUGUUUUUCCCCCUCUGUGGAAAGUGGAAACUGCCCUUGUGCUCUGUGUAUGGUAUGUUGUUUCAUGAAAAGCAAAUUCCCAUCAGACCCAAGAUCAUGAUGGAUGAUGUAAUGAUGUGUUUUGCGUCGCUGAACUUGCUUGUUUAGUACUCCCUACUC